AUGGCAGAAGCCAUUCUCUUCAACGUUGCUGCACGAAUCAUUGAGAGCUUGGGAUCUCUGGCUCUCAAACAGAUCGGACUGCUUUGGGGCAUCACAGAUGAGCUUGAGAAGCUCAAGAACACCGUUUCGACAAUCCAAGCUGUGCUUCUUGAUGCUGAGGAGCAAUGGGCAAUGAACCGUCAAGUUAGAGAUUGGCUUGAAAAGCUUAAGGAUGUCUUUUAUGAUGUAGACGACUUGCUGGAUGGUUUCUCCACUGAAUGUCUGUUGCGAGAGAUGAUGACUCGGGAUAAGAUGGCAAAAAAGGUACGAAUCUUCUUCUCCAAAUCAAACCCGCUUGUCUAUGAUCUGAAAAUGGGCCAUAAGAUUAAGGCGAUUAGACAGAAGUUAGAUGCCAUCGCAAAUGAUAGGAAAUUCCACUUGGAGGAACGCCCUGCGGAGAUAAGAGUCAGUGCUAGGAAGAGGGAUGAUACUCAUUCCUAUGUACCUGAUGCAAACGUUAUUGGUAGAGAAGAUGACAAGAAGGAGAUCAUAAAAAGACUUCUUUCUGAUUCCGACAUUAAAGAGAAUGUAGGAAUCCUUCCGAUUACUGGCAUCGGAGGAUUAGGAAAGACCACACUUGCUCAAUUCAUAUUUAAUGAUCUGAAGGUAGAUAAACAUUUUCAGCUAAAAAUGUGGGUGUGCGUCUCUGAUAAUUUUGAUGUUAGAAAAAUUGUUGAAAAAAUCCUAGAAUCGGCAAGAAAACAGAAACCAGAAACUAUUGAAAUGGAUACAUUGGUGCAUGGUCUUCGAAAAGCAAUUGUAGGAAAGAAAUACUUACUUGUGUUGGAUGAUGUUUGGAAUGAGGAUGUUAAAAAAUGGGAUGAUUUGAAAGUACUGUUGGAGGUUGGUGCAAGUGGCAGUAGAAUGUUAAUAACUACACGAAGUAAAAAAGUUGCACAAAUUACCCAAACAAUUGCAGAAUAUUCUUUACAGUGUUUAGACGAACGGGAGUCAUGGUGUUUAUUCAAGCAAGUGGCAUUUGAGAAAGGACAAGAGCUAGAGAAUUCUAGAAAAGUAGAAGUUGGAAAGGAGAUUGUAGAAAAGUGUUAUGGUGUCCCCCUUGUCAUCAAAACAAUUGGAAGGUUACUGUCCUUGGAAAAUUCUGAAGCAGGGUGGUUUUCUUUUAAAAAUAAACUCCCAGCAAUAAAAGAAGAUGGCAUCUUACCAACUCUUAAGCUGAGUUAUGAUCAACUUCCAUCACAUUUGAAACAAUGUUUUGCUUAUUGUAGUAUAUUUCCGAAGGAUUACGUAAUGAAAAAAUCAACAUUGAUAAAACUCUGGAUAGCACAGGGGUUUAUCAAGCUAUCCAAUCAAAAUGAAUGUCUUGAAGAUGUUGGUGAUAAGUAUUUCAUGCAUUUACAUUGGAGAUCGUUCUUUCUAAAAGCUAAAACUGAUUAUCUGGGCAACGUGAUUACAUUUAAAAUGCAUGACCUCAUGCAUGAUCUUGCAAUGUCAGUGGCAGGAUCGUUGAUCACCACAUUAGAAUCUGAGGAAAAAAGUAUUAGUGAGAAAACUCGGCACGUAUCAGUUGUCGACAAUAUAGAUUUUUCCUCUGUAAUUCCAAUGUCCUCGUCUAAAGCCAGUAGGAUUCGAACACUUCUUUCGCUUGGUGAAUUCAAGGAUUUGCAAGAGUCAAGCACCUCUUGUGAAGCAAUCUUUUUAAGUUUGAAGUUCUUGCGAGUGCUGAAUUUACAAGGAAGACGACUUGAUUUAGUACCGAGUUCCAUAUGUAAGUUGAAGCAUUUAAGAGAUCUUGAUCUUUCAUGGAAUGAUAAAAUCAAGAUGCUGCCCGAUUCCAUACCUAGGUUGCAAAACUUAUAUACACUAAGACUUUCUUAUUGCUCAAGUCUUAAAGAAUUGCCUAGAGGAAUUACGAAAUUAGUCAACCUCAGGCAUCUUUACAAUAAUGGAUGUGAGAAUUUGACUUAUAUGCCAUGUGGAUUGGGGGAAUUGAAAAAUCUCCAGACAUUAUCUAAGUUUGUUGUCCACUCUGAUUCGGCCCCAGAGGAUAGUGGCCGGUUAAGUGUGCUAAAUAGACUAAAUAGCUUAAGAGGAAAGUUACAGAUUUCGGGUUUGAGAAGUCGGGAGGAAGACGUCGCAUCAGACUAUAAGGGUGCAAAUCUAAAGGAGAAAGAACAUCUUCAGGUUUUGACUUUACGUUGGAGAAGAGGAAAUGUUAAUGCAUGCGAUGAAAUGGCAUUGGAAGGCUUUGAACCUCACCCAAAUCUUAAAAAGAUGUACGUAGAAUAUUAUGGGGGUGUGAGGGUUCCCAUGUGGCUUUUGUCACUCACAAAUCUUGUUCACUUAAGUUUAAAUGAUUGUAGGAUAUUGAAAUAUUUGCCACCAUUGAGUCGACUUCCAUUUCUUAAGAGCAUUUCUCUAAACUUCCUUGAUGAAAUAGAGUACGUAUCAGAUUGUGGUGACAACAAUGAGCUAUCUUCUUCUUCUUCUUCUUCUUCAUCAGAAUUCUUUCCAUCUCUUGAGCGGAUUUUCCUCCAUGGGUGUCAUAAUCUCAAGGGUUGGUGGAGGAGGAGUGAUUCUUAUAAUGUGUAUGUCAAUACUAUUGAUCAUAAAAAUUCUUUUGAAGCUCCAUCAAUGACGCGGACGAAGGGGAAUGCUUUACUAUUCCCUCGUCUUUCAAAAUUAGCAAUAUGGCAUUGCCCUAUGUUGACUUCAUUGCCAAUGUUUCCACAUCUUGAAAAAGAGUUAUACCUAAGGGAUGCCAGGUGGAAGGCAACGAUGAGCUCGGUAUGCAAUGGAAAGAGCUUAAAAGCCUCAGCUCUUUGGAGUUCAACGGUAUUCCGAAAUUGGUGUCUCUCCCAUUGGGGCUUCAACAUGUUACCGCUUUACGAGAGCUCAAAAUCUCAGAUUGUUCAAGCUUGA